GGAGGAGCCCUCGGCGGGGGAUGGCCUGAGGCGCGGUGCGAGCCGCGCGGGGAGCGGGAGCGGAGCGGGGCCGCCGGGGGCCGCGCCCCGGCGCUUUGUCUGCCCGGCUCGAACAAAGGCGGCGGCGCGCCGGCACCCGGGGCAGCACGAGCGGGCGAAGCCGCUUGGGACCGGGAUUCCCGAGAACCAGCCCCCACCCGGAGCUCUGCCCGCACUCCCCGGGAGCUCUCUGCCCCGGGAGGGGACUUGGAUCAGGCUCUGCCUUGGGGGGUGCGGGCAGAUCGGCCCCUACCUGCACCCCCUCCGGCCGGCUCCCCCUGCUGACUCUCGCCUCCCGCCGCCCCAGGUCCCGCCGGGCAGGAUGCGCGGGGGCUGCGCGGCGGCGGUGGCUGUGCCCUGGCUGGCCCUGCUGGCCUUGGCCCGGCAGCCCCCCGAGAAGCCGUCGGCCGCCCCCCAUCUCACCCGCCGGCCCUUCCUGGUGGCCUGGAAUGUGCCCACUCAGGACUGCAAGCCCCGCUUCCAGGUGUCCUUCGACUUCAGCAUCUUCGACCUGUACGCCUCCCCCAACGAGGGCUUCGUGGGGCAGAACCUCACCAUCUUCUACAAGGAACGCCUGGGGCUGUACCCCUACUACACCCAUCAAGGUGUGGCCGUCAAUGGUGGUGUUCCCCAAAACAGCAGCCUGUCUGAGCACCUUGCCCGCCUGCAGGAGGGCAUCAACAAGUACAUCCGCUCACCCACCAAAGAAGGGCUGGCCGUCAUCGACUGGGAGGAGUGGAGGCCUGUCUGGGCUCGCAACUGGAAGCCCAAGGAUAUCUACCGGGAGGCAUCACAGGAACUGGUGGCACAGCGUCAGCCCACCUGGCCCCCUGAGAAGGUGAACAAGCAGGCAGCGUUUGAGUUCGAGUCGGCCGCCCAGGAGUUCAUGGUGAGAACCCUGCGCACGGCCAAGAGCUUCCGACCCAAACAGCUCUGGGGGUUCUACCUCUUCCCUGACUGCUACAACCACGACUACAGCAAGAACAAGGAGAGCUACACCGGGCAGUGCCCAGAUGUGGAGAAGUCUCGCAAUGACCAGCUGAAGUGGCUCUGGAACGAGAGCAUGGCGCUCUACCCCUCCAUCUACCUCGACCCGCUGCUGGACUCCACUCCCAACAGCCGCAAGUUCGUGCGGGCGCGGGUGAUGGAGGCCAUGCGCAUCUCGCAGAAGCACCACGACGACUACUCCCUGCCUGUCUUUGUCUACACCCGGCCCACCUACAUCCGCAAGCUGAAUGUGCUCAGCCAGCCAGACCUGAUCUCCACCAUCGGAGAGAGCGCAGCACUGGGUGCAGCUGGGGCCAUUUUGUGGGGUGAUGCAGUUGACACCAAAAACCGGGAGUUGUGCCAGCUGAUGAAAAACUACCUGGAGGGGGACCUGGGACGCUACGUAGUGAAUGUCACGACAGCAGCAGAGCUCUGCAGCACGGCGCUGUGCCAGGGCCGGGGUCGCUGCCUGCGCCAGGACAGCCAUGCUGAUGUCUUCCUCCACCUCAACUCUACCAACUUCCAGCUGCGGCGCCGGGAUGCUGAUCACCCCGAGCGCCCCCUCUUCUGGGCCGAGGGCCAGCUCUCCUCUGCUGACAUACUCUUCUUACGGACCCACUUUCACUGCCACUGCUACCAGGGCUGGCAGGGCAGCGGCUGCCAGACCCGCGCUGGCCCCCGCAGUGCUGCCCCUGGCCCUUUGGCACCGCUGGGACUUGGGGUGCUCCUGCUGCUUGCAAGCUGGUGCUACCCGCCCCUGGACUGAGCUGCCCCUUUCUGUGGCGGUGUAGGAGGAGCCUAUUUAAGAUAUCCCUACCCUGCCUGGCAGGCAGCUAAUUGUGGAGGGCUGUCUCUCACUGUGGUGGUGCGGGGGGACAGCUGUGUGGUUGCCCCAACUCUACCACCCUGCUGCAGUGCAGGUGCCCUUCAUGGGGAUGGGGGGAGGAGGGGGACCCCUCUCCUGUUGUAAGGAGAGGGAUGGGGGCAAGAGGGACACGGGGGCGGGGAGCGGGUGCUGCGUGGUGCUGAUCCCCCGUGUGCUGCCCCACACUGAAGUGCUUUACCUCGAAUAAAGCUGGUCAGACUGA